AUGACCUGUGGACUGAAUCCAGGCCUCUUCCUGCUGCUGCUGUGCCUCCUCCAUGGCUCUGAGGAGACCUGCCCAGCCAUGUGCCUCUGUAUUUCCGACACAGCGAGCUGCAGCUCUGGCGGUCUGUCCAGACUGCCUCUGACCCUGCCCUCCUUCUCCGUCACCCUCGACCUCAGCCACAACCACCUGACUUGGUUGAGUCCCGGCAGCUUUCAGAGGAUGACCAGGCUGGAAAACCUCCGACUGGCCCACAAUCAAAUCAGCACCGUGAGUCAUGGCGCGUUUCGCAACGCCUCCGGCCUCAGACACCUCGACCUGUCCUCCAACAAGCUGCAUAUGAUAGAGCAGCACUACUUCCACGGGCUAUGGAGGCUGGAGGAGCUCCUCCUCUUCAAUAAUAAGAUCGCUCAGGUGGAGGCUGGCACGCUGAACGGCCUGAGCAGCUUAAAAAAGGCCUACUUCAGCUUCAACCAAAUCACACACUUCCCGUUCUUCUCCAUCCAAGAUCACAGUCACCCAUUCCUGACCAUGUUAGACCUUUCAUCGAACCGAAUGUCUCGUCUGCCGUGGGAGGAUGUGAAAGCUUUGCCCGGGUUGGUGCAGCGGGGCUUGUAUCUCCACAACAACUCUCUGAUCUGUGACUGCUCCAUGUACAGCGUGUUUUGGCACUGGAACCUGAGGGGUUACGACUCACUGAAGGACUUCACGGAUGAGCUUACCUGCUCCAUCUAUGGGGAGCCACGAGCGGCGAUCCGGUUUCUGCGAUACAACCGCUUCUUCCACAACUGCACCGUGGAAAAAGCAGUCUUGCAGCCUGUUACGGUUCUGCUGUCCAAUGUGCUGGUUUCAGAGGGAGACAGAGUGCGUCUGGACUGCCAAACAUCCCUGAGUAGCACAGACCUCUCAUUUACAUGGCUCUCCCCCAGCAAGGGGUACAUCACCCAGGCCAGCAUAAAUGACACACUAAUUAGCUUGUUUCCUAAUGGCACCUUGGAGAUCGAAGAAACCAAGGUCAAUGACUCUGGUCUGUAUGUGUGCACAGCUGUGGAUAUUAAACAGGGCCUGAAUGCAACUCGGGAGGUGAAUGUGACGGUGCUCCUGCCUGCAGCAGAGUCAUUCAACACAGGCUACACGACAUUGCUCGGCUGUGUGGUGACUCUGGUCCUAAUCUCCAUUUACCUUUUCCUGACUCCGUGUCACUGCAGCUGCUGCAAACGGUCGAAACCUGCAGCUAUCCCCAUCGCCACCUAUGACCCAAGCACCCUAUCUUCUGUUUUCUCCACAAGAGACCAGUGCAAAACCCAAACGAAUAAGCAUGUAGCAUUCACAGAGCCGAUGAUGGAAGAAGGAACAGAAUGGACUUCAGAAAGUUGA